AGGAUGGCGUGAGGACCGAGGCCGGUGGUUGGUUUGAUCUGAGCCACGUGUGCGUCCAGCCACUUCUCUUCGCCGCUUCACGCAUGUCGAUGGAACGUUGGCUUAUCCUGCCGCUCGGUCCCUUCUGUCUUAACCCAGGUCCUCUGACAUUGAGGAGAUGUCCUUGAUGAGGAAUGAGUCCUGCUUCAUCGCUCUUUAGUGGGUUUAAGGCUCAAUAACUAGGACCAUCAGCUCCAGGGCGUGAACCCUGUUAAAGCCAGUGACUUUGAAGCAAAGUUGUGCUUGAAAACAGAAACCUCCCCCAGAAUAUUAAGGAAAAUAUCAAAUCUAGUUGCAAUGUCAUCACUCUGUUUCGUGAUGUGGUUAAACCAGGAGUUUAGGCUGAGGAACGUGCUUUACCACCACAACACAGGGCAGCCAUGAAUUCUGCACCAUCGCCUUCCUUAUUCUCCGCCAUGAAUGUAUCGAUUAGGUGAUAGUAUGUGAUCAACAGCCCUGCAGCAUUUUGCCUCCUGCUGCUUCACUACCCCAAUAAAGCCCAGCUGGACCAUUCAGUCUGUUUUGUAGAAAUGGCAGAAGAGGAUUUCCAGCUCAGACCAGUCGACAGCGACGACUGCACAGAGGAGGACAAACUCCAAUCAGCUGAUUUCACAAUACCGUCGCUAGCAUCCCUCCACCUCAGGGAAAGGACUGUGGUCAUCAAGGAGAGCAAUGUCCAUAUGGGAGAUAAUCCUCAGCACCCAUCUGUAUUUCCUGUGAUGAAGUCAUCACCCCUCAACCAAUCCCAGCAGCUGACAGACAUGUCCGUGGCUACUAGGCCUGAGCAUUCACCAGCAGAUCAAGAGUUUUCGGAGUUGGGUCACAAUGACAGCGAGGCUCGGUCCCGUGCCCUAACUGCCUCUCUGCAGGAUCUUUCUUCACUCGUUGAUCAUGAGGAUGUGUAUCCUGCCCUGAACAACAACUUAGACAAGGAAGGAGAACUUCAACCCAAGAACAACAUAACCAAAGCGAUGGCAGCGUGCAACUGCAGUGUUGAUGACAACCAGCUGUCCCAUGCAGACUGGUACUGGGGACACAUCUCAAGAGAGGAAGUAAAUGAGAUGAUGAGAAACACGCCCGAGGGCACAUUCCUGGUACGAGACGCUUCCAGUCGGGUGAAGGGGGAAUAUACUCUCACACUAAGAAAAGAUGCUUCCAACAGACUGAUAAAGAUUUUCCAUCAAGGGGGCAAAUAUGGCUUCUCUGAACCACUGGCCUUUUCAUCUGUGGUGCACCUGAUCCAGUAUUACCAGAACAAAUCACUAGCGAUAUACAAUUCCAAACUGGACAUACGGCUACUCUACCCCAUAUCCAGAUACCAACAGCAGCAGGUUGUGAUGGAAGUUGACAUUGAUGCAGUUGGGGAACAGCUGAGGAUAUUUCAGGAUCGAUACAAAGAAAAAAGCAAAGAGUAUGACCAUCUGUUUGAGGAGUUUAACCGAACCUCCCAGGACCUGCAGAGCAAGCGGACAGCCAUCGAGGCGUUCAGUGAAAUCAUUCGGAUCUUCGAGGAGGAGUGUGAAACUCAAGAGCGCUACAGCAAGGAAUACAUCAACAUGUUCCUCACUUUGAACAGCAGCACAGAAACAGACAGGAUGCAAAACAACCCUGAAGAGCUGCAGUCGAGGGUGGAGGAGAUUCACAACAGCAGGAAAAAGCUGGAGGACGAGCUGAGAAGAAAGGCUCUGGCUCACAUGGAAGUGGACAGGAAAAUCAACAGUCUGAAACCCGACCUUGUUCAGCUCAGGAAAAUCAGAGAUCAGUAUCUCCUAUGGCUCACCCAGCACGGCACCAGGCAGAGCCAGAUCAACGACUGGUUGGGUAUCAGGACAGAAGACGAGGACCUGUACACCCUGGCAGAUGAUACACAUCAGGAGGAGAGGAGCUGGUACGUCGGUGGUAUGAGACGAAAAGAGGCAGAGGAGCUGCUGAAGGGGAGGAGGGACGGGACCUUCCUCAUCAGAGACAGCCAGACACAGAGAGGCUCCUUUGCAUGCUCGGUUGUUGCGGACGGAGAGGUGAAGCACUGUGUGAUCUACAGGACGUCUACAGGCUAUGGCUUCGCUGAGCCCUACAACCUGUACUCAUCUCUGAGAGAGCUGGUCCUCCACUACCGACACACGUCCCUGAUCCAACACAACCAGCAGCUGAAUGUAACCCUGGCCUGGCCCGCUCUCAGCCAGCAGCCCAGCUGAGACACACCAGCAUGCCACUCGGAUGGCGGUUUCCCAAAGCUUCAAUGUUCUUUACCGGUUAGUGUUGUCACAAAAUCAGAAUUUUCACAUUGUCAGUGCUAAAAUUUGGAUACAUAAUAAUUCUGUAUGAUACAACAAAACACAUCACUGAACAACACGUACUGUGUUCCUCAAGUUAAAAAUCCCAUUUAAUUGACAUUUGCAAACACAACUGGGAUUAAAUACUGAGUGUUAACAGAAUAUAACCGUUAAUUGAUCUUUUCCAGCAGUAUUGAUGUAGUACUGAAAAUAUUGUAGUACUGUAGUACAGAGUCAGCAAGUUUCCCAAACCUGUACAUUUUUAUCAAUGUAGCGAUUGAUGAAGCGAUCCAAAUUUUAAAAACUUAUUACAAAGUUGAUUUAAAACUAAUAAGCACAAUCUGAUUUGGUUUGCUCGUUUUUAAUAUCUGCAGUAUAUUACUUUUGUGAAGAGAUAUUAAUGAAAGUUAUCUAUUAAUGCAAAGACAAAAUAACUCAGCAGAUUUUCCUGAAAGGCAAGCACAAGAAAAAUAAAAUAUAAAUUAACAUUAUGUAACAAUUAUUCCACUUAUUGAUUGCUGGUUGAUAGCUUUAACUUUAGAAAUAUAAAAGUUAUAUUCUUGCUGGCUGUGAUACGUUUCUAUCCGUUUUGACAUUGUGGUUUCCACAGAAGCUUCGGCAAUCAAUGGCAGUUAAACCCACGCCAUUUCUUAAUUGUGUACAUGUUCCAAGACAUACAAAAGAAAAUUAGAUAAGAAUUCAUUCAUAUAUUUUGGGUUUUAAGAAAAAUGUGACAAUCAAUUGCAUCCUUUGUGUUGUUUUAAGCUCACUCAUUAACACUCACAAGUAUUUUGAUAUAUGGGGGGGUGCUUAGUGUGAGGCAGCCGACGUGAGGCACAGGCAAACAGGUGAGCUGUGUAUAGGUUUUUUACAGAGUCAGUGGUUUGAGAGCUUUGAUUACUGGUACGGAGCCUGAUGUGAAGUGAUAAUAUACUGUACAAGACUUAUACAUUUCCAGUUCUGUAGGGAAUUAUCAAAAAGUGCCUUUCAGUGCUUUUAUUUCAGCCAUAAUCACGGUCGACAAGUUUGAGCCAAACACUGAGUCUACGAUACAAAGUUACAAUACUGCAGUGUCAUUAAGUAGUGUCAUAGUAGAGGAGGUAUAUAUUUAUAUAAAAUUAUAUCCGUCACAUAGAUUUUAUUCCCCUGUGGCCUGUCACAUUGAAUUUACAUCACACUUUGUAUAAACAAGAUACUGUGAGAUGAGUUAAUGAGUGGAAAUCACAUUUACAUUCAAGCAUUAGGAAAUAUCUCAGGAAAAGGUCCAAUGCUUAAAAGACAUUUAACAGUAGAAUUAAAUCAAAAGGUAAAUGUAGAUACAGAUUCAUCAAAUAAUUGUCAUAUAGACAAUUGUGUGUAAUUUACCCGAAUUUAACCAUCACCUCAUGUGUACAGGUGCAAACUGGAAUACUCGAGAAUUAAAAUAUAUACCAGACUAAUGUAGCCAUGUUAGCUACUAGUGAACAAGGUAUGAUUCCAGCUAUGGUGGACCAAAAAGCAAAUAUUAUGAUAUUGAAAUUCACUCGUUUGAUAAAACUGUUGGUAUAUAGAAGCAGAACAUACCUUUUCUUUACUUCAUUAGUGUGAGGUAUGUUCAAAUUGGUUACGUAGAAGAGUAUGUCUAGCAUAAUAAAUAUCACUUUAAAGCUAAAUCGUUUACCUUUUCAAGACCACCCAGAUUCCUCCAGCCCGGGUUCGGAGACCGGGACUUGAUUGUGCACUUUCUGAGUGGAGAUGAAGUGGUGCUUGUGGGUUACAAUGAAAUAUUAAAACUAUUUUUAUAGGGAAGAAAUAGUAAAGUCUAUAAUAGAGUUGUCGUUUAAUUUAGCAUUGUCACUUUUGUUGCCCAUUUAAUCAUGAAAAUUGAUUUCACAUUCUGACAUUGGUUUGAUCAGAACAUUUUCAUUUAUUUGUUCCAUGUUUUUGUCCUGUUAAAUGAGUCACUUUAGAUGCACUUAUAUCUUUAGUGGUCCUCAGUCUAAUAUGUGCUUGUUGCGUACGUUCACUUGAACUUAUCAAUUGUUUCUGACUGUUUAUUGCCACGGAGUUGGACAAAUGUGUCCUAUUCUUAAUUGUGUGGCAGUAGAAAAUGUGUUAAUGUUCGAUUCUGCACGCUAUCACUGUGUACAAGAUAGGUACCCUAGAUAUUAUAUCUUUAUCUAAUUAUAAAUAGGGUUCUGCUUUGGCACUGGUUGGAUACUGGUUCUGGUAACAAGUUUAUCACCAGCUAUAAAAGACCUCCCUCUGAUGGGUUGGCCAUGUUCUGGGAAAGUUUUUCUUAGUCUCCAUGAAUGCUGUAAGGCGAUCUUUGCUCUAGUUUCCUUUAAAUGCAUUUCCCUGAGAUCAGAAGUCGGUCACAGAGUGUGAGCGGCACAAUUACGUCUUCUCUCUAAAGCGAAUAAUAAAAGUUUUCCCAUUGGGUGUUGUCUGCUAUGCUCGUGACCACAAUCAUUUGUGAUAUAGUUUUGCACAACAGUAAAAUAUCAAAUUCUACAUUGUACAGGAGUGAGCCACAACCACUAGAUGGCAGUGGAAGCAGGACAUUUAACCUAGAUGUUGUUUCUCGUUAAAGCUAGAAUCUAAGUUUGAAAUGUCGGACUGUUCACACUGUUUUGUAAGACCCUGUGUUCAUGGACAAAAAUAAAUAGAUAUUUAGACUAUGUAGCAGUGGUGUAGUCUACUUAGCACACGGACAAUUUUAGCAACAUAUGACUUAGACAUUACCUUCUGACAUCACACUGCAGGAUGUUUACUAAACUGUUUCUGAAUCCCAUAGUUACUCUGCCACAUCUGGCACGUGAAAUCCAAGUGUAGGUGUUUUAUUUUUCAACUUUUUGCACAAUUAAGUGUUAAAUAAAGGGCAUCAUUGGAAACAUACCUAUUUUUAAUAUUGUGAUUUUAAAAUAAAAACAGUACAUUUCCCAGUUCGUUUUGUAGCAUGGAUACAGAGAACACGUGGAGCUUAUAGAUGCACAAACAGAUAACACCACUGUUUCUGUGAAGUUUAGAUUUGAAAGCAUUGUAUUUGCACAUUAGUAUCUCCCAUGAAGUGGAGAUAAUACGACUGUCUUCAUGUACAUCCACCCUACUACUGAAGCAGGUGGACAUGUGGUUGUGCUAAAUAUGGACAGGUUGCUUAUGAGAUUGAAAUGUUGUAGCACUGUUAAUGCACUGGUACAAGUGUUCAAGUCAUUUUUUUUCUCUGUGGAAUCUGAUGUGAGAUAAACUGUCCGUAGUUCUGUGAAGUCAUGACAUCCUUGUAUAUUUUAAUUGUCAGUGCACAAUCUGGUCUUUUUUUCCCUUUUGUAAUUCUUUUGUCAGUUUUUGUAACUUAAAUGUUUUAUCACUGUGCAAACAACAUUUAACCAACGUGACAAAAACUAUUCGUUAACAAAAAGUAUUACUGUUUCAUUGAAUAAUUGGGUAAUUGGUGUCUCAUAUAAUACAAUGUGUGUCAUAAUGUACUUUCAAGUUUUUCAAAUACUGCAAGAAAUCCUUACUCUUUGGUUUGAAAUUUUGUCUCUUAUUUUUAAGAGAUCAUGUGAAGAAGUUCUUGUCUAAAGCAAUUCUUCAUAACCUAACCCUAACCCUUACCCUAAAGCAGGUUAACUAAAACCCGCAAAAAUGAAAUCUUUCUGAGGUAGGCAAGAAGUUAAAUGUAUGUCUUGUGCUGGAUACCAUAGAUGUGUGGAAUGGAAGAUUAAUCAGUUAAGUUGUUUGGUUGCUAUCAGCCUUUGUUUGGCAUUAUGAGACAAGUAAGGCUCAGUGGGGUGAGUUGGAGAAGGACAUUGUUCGAAGGGCAUGUAGGAGACUGGAGAUUCAGGAAUGACAAUGUGAUGUUGUGUUAAAUAAGAAGAUUGUCUUGUUGCUGCUUUGAAUUCCGAGAGAAGUAAUAUAGUUCCUCCUCGGUAGGAAUGAUUCUGCAUGACACAGUUAGAAACAAUGCUAAUACUCUGUGACAAUACAGAAAGUAGUAUGUUAUCCAGAAAGAGAAGAAAAGGGGAAGGGGCAGGUUGUUUUUUUAUGACAUCAUCUUUCCAAAACCUUAAUAAAGUGGUUUUACUUGGCUUACCUUAAUCUUACUCUGACUGCCUGGCUCAGAUAUUGUAAGAUUAACUAAAGAACAUACUUGAACUGAAUGUUCAGAACCAUUUGUUCUCCAAAUAGGAGAUAUGAUGGUGUUCAAAAUUAGAAGUCAAUCACUUUACAGCGUUUUGCAGAAAUGGUGUAGAUCACCGCUCUAUGUGGUGAACAGGUUGUUACACAGGUACGGUUAUGUAGGUGCAGGUGGUGUGUUUUCUCUAUAUGCUGGAGAUUUAUGAUGAGGUUAGGUUUUAUAUGUGUAAGAAUGGUUACUUUGGGAAUGGUUUAGAAAUGGGUAGAGUUAAUAUGAACUCCCCUUUGCUGCAGACUUUGGCCUUUAGAAUUUAGCUGACCUUUAACAUGAACAUGAAAGCGAUAUGAUACAGACAUGGUAAAGAAUAACACAGGCACUUUAAGAAGAAGGAGUUUAGGUAGAAACCAUUUUUUGCAAUGAAACUAUGCUCAGCUGCCAUUAAAUGGCUUGUCAACCCCCAUUAACUUUCUUCCAUUUUCGUGCCAUUACACGGUGGGAUCGAGCCGUAACGUUUGUCAAAUAGAACAUCCAUAAUACCCUGUUAGUUCUCCAUUUCACGUUGAGUUAGAUGAAACAUUAGUUAUCAUCUUUUAUAAUUGUUUGAAAUCCAGGGACUUGAUAUGUUAAGAAAGGCUUGUUUUUUGGAGCUGUGCAUAUAUGAUGAAAUACCUCUAACUGUCUCAUGCAUCUAAUUCAGCAUAGUAUCUGUAAAAAUGUUUCUGUAACUUUGACUUUUAUUCUUUUUAAUGUGACAGUAUGGAUUGGUCUUUCUGAUUCAAAGCAUCUAAUUACCCUUAGUUAAUAAGCCUGUUGCUGUGAGAAAAUAAUGUGAUUGUUAAUGUUUAUUUACUGUAAUGAUUAUGCAAGAAUUUUUUUUUUUGUGUUUUAUCAGGUAUUAAGAUAGCUUGUAUUUCAAUUAGGAGUCAAAUCUGAAAAAAAAAACAAAAACAUUUUGUUGGUGUAAAACUUGACUUUACCUACUUCAGGACAUUAUUUUUCAUGUAUGCACUUUCAAAUCCCCAAAUAAAGUUGAAA